AUGGCGCAACUGCGUUUGUUUAAAAACCCAAUUCUUAUUAAAACCAUAAGUGAAUCCACGAUUACCGAAAAAGAAGCUAGCGCUAUAAGCAGUUUACCGCAAAAAAAAUUGACGGAUUUACAAAAUUUACAAGAUCAUUUGUCUUCAAAAACUGGAUUUGUUUCUGAUCCUGUUAAGAGAAAACAUGAUUCUAUAGAAAGUGUUGUAAGCAAGUUAAUUGAAGGAUAG